GAGAAUUUUCUUUUUCAUUUUUACAACUGAGAUUUUCUUGUUAGAUUUGUUGGUCUCAAAGGGAUAGCCGGUUGUUGGGUUUGGCAAAGGGGGACAUUAAAAGGAUCUGGAAUAUCUUCUACGGAAGAAAUCGAGCUUCCCGGAUAGAAAAGAUUUUAUCUUUCACUGGAAUUUUUUUUUUUUUUUUUUUUUUGAAGUUUGUUUGUGUUUCAUGCCAGUAUGUUUAAGGAUUGCGAAACCUCGCCACCUUCAACAGAUUUGCUUGAAGGUUGUGGCUGUGGCUGUAGCUAUUGUUGCAAGAUGAUCAACGGUGGCUCUGUCACUUGGCACCGUUCUGUGAAAAGAAAGUUUGAAGAGUUUCAAGAUGGUUUCCCAAAUGUUCUACUCGAUUUCAGUCAAUCAUCCAUUGCUCGAGUUGAGAUUGAGAAUGAAUGUACUGCUCUGCGAGAGACGCUCAGCAGCCAGCAGCAGACCAUUCAGGAACUCUACACUGAAUUGGACGAGGAAAGGAAUGCUUCAUCAUCUGCUGCAAAUGAGGCCAUGUCUAUGAUAUUGAGGUUGCAGAGGGAAAAAGCCGAGAUCCAGAUGGAAGCCCGGCAAUUCAAACGGUUUGCAGAGGAGAAAAUGGCCCAUGAUCAGCAACAGCUUCUUGCGUUGGAAGACUUGUUGUAUAAGAGAGAUCAGGCUAUCCAAGCCCUCACCUGCGAGAUACAGUCGUAUAAGCACAGGAUGUUGAGUUUUGGGCUCACUGAGGCAGAGGUGGAGGGCAAAAAGAGUGAUCAGACUUGUAACCCCGACCUGGAUGACAAUGUUGAAUCCCCAUUCGGAUUUCCCCCAUAUGACUACCCUCCUUUAAGAUGCAAGAUGAAUGAAACCCAGGGUCAUCCGGAUAUUGAGGAUGAUGUCGAUCUUGAAAAAUAUGCCUUUGGUGAAACCCCUCGACCUGUUGCUGAUAGCCCUUAUACCCGGGAACAUUUGCAGAAUUUAGAAUACAGAAUCUAUCAAAUGGAGAGAAAUCCAAGCAGCAAACAUUUGGAUAAGGAAUUUUCUGGCUCAAGGAACAUUUCUGAGAAAGGGGUGAUUGGUCAGUCUCCCAAGCAGCCUGGGCAUGCCAGGAUGUUCUCCCUUGACAGCUCGGGUUCAUUGUAUGGUACAGUUAAAGAAACGGCUCAGGAUUGCAGGAUGGAAAGUCCAAAGCCUGCUCCCAGCUUCAAAAAGAUGAAUUAUUUUUCACACACAGAGGAGUAUUCUAAUUUGAGAAAGCUUGAUAAUGCAUCAGAUCUUGGAGAUGACAUGAGUGACCGUGUAUAUACCAUUGACUCUGUCCAUAAUGGAAUAUCUUAUAACAAAAGUGCAGAGCACAAACCUGCUAUUGGAAUCUGUGAAGAUUACUUAAACACUCCAAGGGAUUCACUGAAUCGGGCUGAUAUAGGUGAUCCUGAUGUCAAAAAGCUCUAUACGAGGCUUCAGGCACUUGAGGCAGAUAGGGAAUCAAUGAAGCAGGCAAUUAUUUCGAUGCGGACUGAUAAAGCACAACUAGUAUUACUGAGGGAAAUAGCUCAACAAUUGUAUAAAGAAAUGACACCAGAAAGAAAGAUAUCUCCACCUGUGAGGAAGCCAUCUCUGAUUGGGUGCUUUUCCUUCAUAUCAGUUCUGAAGUGGAUCGUGCCUUUUGUUUUCUGGAGAAAAAAAGCACGCCGAAGCAAGUAUAUGUUUGGGCUGUCGGCCGAAAAUGUGGGCUUGCUGAUGCUUUUAGAUAAGGGCCCUCGGAUGAGACCAUGGAGAUGUCUUACAAGUGUACGAGCAAGGAGAUAGUCUGGAGGCUUCUAUAUCUAUGAGCAGUAUCUGUGGAUUCCAUGCUCAUCUAUGCAGAUCGUAGUGGACAUCAAACAUGAUUUUACUUACGAAAUUGCAUUCGUUUCUAGAUUCUGCAGGACUCCAUAAUUGGAGGUUCAGUUAUCCUGUGCAGUCUUGGUCUUGUAUGUUUCUUUUCUGGGUUGAAGUGUAUUUGUUGGGAUUGAUCUGUAAAUCAU